GCACGGAGCCCGAUGCUGGGCUUGAAUUCACGAACCAUGAGAUCAUGACCUGAGCUGAAACCAAGAGUCGGGCGCUUAACAGACUGAGCCACCCAGUCACCCCAAGAGAGAACAUUUUAGACAUUACCUAGACCAGUGGUACCCAGCCUGUCUACUCAUUAGGGUUAUCUGGGAUACCUAGAAAGCUGAUGCCCCAAACUCCAUCUCCAGAGAUCCUCAUUCCAUUUGUCAAAGGAUUAGGCCUAGACAUCGUUGGUUUGUAAAAACAGCCUGGAGGUUCUAACAUAGAGUCAGGAUUGAGAAGCGCUUCUUUAGAGUAGAGGUCUCGACUUUGGCAUAUAUUAUAACCACUUAAAGACCUUUGAAAAAUACUUACAACUGGGUCUGACCCUGGGAUUCUGAUUUAAUUGGUCUGGGAUGAGACUGGGCCUCAGUAUUUCUAAAAGCUCCCAAGAGAAUUUAAUGUGCACCCCAGUGUGCGACCCAGUGUCCCAGACCAACGACUUCAUUUUGCCAUCGGGAAACUGAAGCCUAGAGAUGGGAACGUAUUCCAGAGGCACACAGCAAACUCCCUCUCUCAUACUGCAGAGCACAAAGCACUCGCCUCCUUUAUUUCUAUCUCUGAUCUUUUGCUUCCGUACAAAUAAUCGCAUUUAAUCCUCACAACGCUGGUGAGGUGGUGGGCGGCCAUUACUCCCACUUUAGAGAAGACUGUCCAGGAACAAAACUGUCAAAGUGACUCGCCCAAGGUAGAGGUAAGAACCUAGAAUGUCCGGUCCCUGGUCCAAUGCUCUUUUAACCCCAUCCCAUUGUCAUAUACGGGUUCUAGAAUGAACAGGUCAGUGCUGUGAGGUGGGUUCCGGGUGUACAAGGGAGGGACUAUGAAGUGACGUUCUAGAAUGGUGGAAAGGGUAGGAGAGGAGGCAGGUGACUGUUCCCUCACAAAUGGGGGCUUUGGGGCAGACAUGUCCUAUUUCAUGUCUCCACAAGCUCAUCAAGGUCUUCUGCCUUCCAGCCAAGGUGGGGCUGCUUCUCCGGGCGCAUCCCUUGGCCUCUAUAGUGCUGUAGAGCCAGUAGUGGUGGCCCCUGGUGGACUAGGCCCACUGAGCCAGAAACCUGAGCAGGUGGCGCCUGCUGCCCAGGCCCGGGGCCCGGCCCUGGCAGUGCCGGAAGCCAGGGGCUGCCCUGGGGGGGCUAGCUGGGAGACCCUGCGGCGGAAGGAGUACAGCCGAUACCACCACAAGUCCCCCCACGCGAGGCAGCCGGAGAGCUUGGGCUGGGAGGACGGCUGCUCCAGAAACACAGCUCCCCACCUGGGUGGCCCCAGCGGGCCUGGGCCCCUGCUGCUGUGUGGGCUGUCACCAGGGAUUUUACCCAUGCCCUCUGAGGCAGGGGGGAAGGAGGCCGGCUCCCAGCCUGACAUCUGCAUCCUUACCCUGGCCAUGAUGAUCGCUGGCAUCCCCACCGUGCCUGUCCCCGGCCUGCGGGAAGAGGACCUGAUCCGGGCAGCUCAAGCUUUCAUGAUGGCCCAUCCGGAGCCAGAGGGGGCUGUGGAGGGGGCGCGGUGGGAGCAGGCACGCGCCCACGCAGCCUCUGGGCAAAUGCGCCUAAUGAGAUCCAGGAGAGGCCAGCCUCCUGGCUCCUGCUUGUAGCUGGAUGAAAUAGCACCAGACACACAGGGUGGCUUCUCCGUAUGGUUUUUGGGCAGACAGGAUUGGGGGUGCCUGUGGCAAGGAUGGGGACAGGGCAGUCGUUGGAGCUGCUCUGACAAACCAAGUCUUUCAUCAGGGUCCAGACCCCAGGAAGUUUCUCCAGAUAGCACUAAGUCAGGAAAUAGAUCUUAUCAGAGGAGUUAUGAUGAAAAUUACCUGAGGUAGGGGGCCCGGCUCGGA